CUGUCAUUCUGCAUAACUACAGGAUCAUAAGAGAUGUAGUCCUGGACAGCCCCAGACUCAUGGCAGAAACAAGGUUGCAGCUGUUUGAGUUAAAUCAGCACACUCUUUCACAAUGGCACAAUGCUCGGAAAAGGAGGCAGGAAAAGGAGGUCUUCAGCAGGGUAUUCAGACCUUUACCACUCCCUUGGUGGCCUCUGAACCCCUCCCACCUGUGCUGUUUAAGCAUAGGCUUGGUGCCCAUGCCGGAGCAGUUGCAGAUGAAUUCAACAUCCAGGUGGAUGCAUCAGGACAGGCAGUACAGCGUGUUCGUGGCCAACCUCCUAAAGUGGGCACAACUUCACCAGCUGUUGGCAUGCCUGCUGCAGCACAGCAUGCCCAAGGGCAGCCUCCUCCUGUCCAGGAGGUCUUUGCAGUCUCUGACCCUGCCCGCUUGCUUCAAGCUACAGACACUGCAGCUAUUGCUGAACCUCCUGCUACACCUCCUGGUCCAAAGGUGCCAAGGACCACAGCUUGGCGGCGGAGGAAGGCAGCGGAGGCAGCUGCAGCACAAGGUGCUACUCCAAAAAAAAGAAACCAGACUGAACAAUACAUUUGCCAAAAGUGUGGCCAACCAAAGACAAAGGAGUUUAGCCACAGUCGGUUCGGAGGUGCCCACUUUUGUGCAAAGUCAUCUGGCAAAACUGUGGAGCAGUGGAUGGAGGAGAUGAGAAGGGGACAAAAAUAA